GACUCCCCGCUAGCUCGAUCUACCGUACCGUACAUACGGUAUGUGUUUGUAAAAUUUGUGAAGCGUAUUGUCAGUCACGUCAGGGCACAGAAAUGGCGAUGGUGAAGUAGAGUAUACGUAUGGUGGACAAAAACCAUAUGAUAGUCGGAUUCGUUUCCAUAUUUUGGUGAAUUGCGCACGUCAGGAGAAGCCUAACAAUGGCUGUGACACUAAAAAAGGUGAAAGGGAGCUUAGAGCGAGUGUUUGAGAAGAAUCUGCAAGAUUUGGUCCGUGGUAUUCGCAGCAACAAGGAUAAUGAAGCUAAAUACAUCUCAUCAUGUAUGGAAGAAAUCAAACAAGAGCUCAGGCAGGAAAAUUCUGCAGUCAAAGCUAAUGCAGUGGCUAAGCUGGUUUAUCUGAACAUGUUGGGUUAUGACAUCAGCUGGGCAGCUUUUAAUAUCAUUGAGGUGAUGAGCUCUCCUAAGUUUACCUUCAAAAGAAUAGGAUACCUAGCUGCAGCUCAAAGCUUUCAUGAAGGUACAGAUGUACUCAUGCUCACUACUAAUAUGAUUAGAAAGGAUUUGAAUAGCCACAACCAGUAUGAGACAGGCAUCGCUAUCACAGGCUUAGCAUGUAUUUUGACCUCUGACCUUGCCCAUGAUCUGGCCAAUGAUAUCAUGGCACUGAUGGCAUCUACAAGACCCUAUAUUAGGAAGAAGGCAGUGCUUCUUAUGUACAAGAUUUUCCUCAAGUUCCCUGAUGCCCUCAGACCUGCCUUUCCAAGACUGAAGGAAAAACUUGAAGAUCCAGAUCCAGGUGUCCAGUCUGCAGCAGUCAAUGUCAUCUGUGAGUUAGCCAGAAAGAACCCUCGCAAUUACCUAUCUCUAGCUCCACUAUUCUUCAAACUAAUGACAUCAUCUACUAAUAACUGGAUGCUUAUCAAAAUUAUUAAACUGUUUGGUGCCCUCACACCGUUAGAGCCUAGACUUGGAAAGAAAUUAUUAGAGCCCCUCACUAAUCUCAUUCACAGUACUUCAGCUAUGUCCCUGUUGUAUGAGUGCAUCAAUACAGUCAUAUCUGUUUUGAUUUCGUUGUCUUCAGGAAUGCCCGAUCACUCUGCAUCGAUUCAGCUAUGUGUGCAGAAACUGAGGAUUCUAAUUGAAGAUUCAGACCAGAAUUUGAAAUAUUUGGGUCUCUUGGCCAUGAGCAAGAUCUUGAAGACGCACCCCAAGUCAGUCCAAAGUCAUAAGGAUCUUAUCUUAGACUGUCUAGAUGAUAAAGAUGAAUCUAUCAGAUUAAGAGCCCUUGAUCUUCUCUAUGGCAUGGUUUCUAAGAAGAAUCUGAUGGAGAUAGUUAAGAAGCUGAUGAUUCACGUGGACAAGGCAGAGGGAUCGAUGUACAGAGAUGAGCUUCUAGCCAAGAUACUAGAGAUCUGUAGCCAGAAUAACUACCAGUACAUCAUCAACUUUGAGUGGUAUGUGAGCAUCUUGGUAGAGCUGACAAGGAUAGAAGGUACUAAACAUGGUCACCUGAUUGCAUCUCAAAUGCUAGAUGUAGCAAUCAGAGUCAAAGCUAUCAGACCAUUCGCUGCACGACAGAUGGCUACCUUACUUGAAAACACUCACCUAUUGAUUGGUACUGCAGCACAAAGGAAUGGUAUAUGUGAGGUGCUUUAUGCUGCAGCAUGGAUAGUAGGGGAAUUCCCUGAAUAUCUGACUCAGCCUCACACAACCCUGGAGAAUAUGCUUAAACAUAGGGUGACUGUACUACCAGGCCAUAUACAGGGUAUCUAUGUCCAGAACAUCCUGAAGCUUUAUAGCAAUAUCCUAGUAAAGAUGGAGGAGGAUGAGAGCAAGGAAGAUGUAGCAAGGGUCACCCAGCUACUUAUAGAAAAGCUACCAUCGUUUGCUGAGAGUGCUGACCUUGAGGUUCAAGAAAGGGCAUGCUGCACCUUACAGCUGUUAAAGUAUGUCAACAAGCUCCUUGAGAAAGAUGAGUAUGUAGCAACAGACCUAGCUGAUCUCUUUGUUGGGGAACUCAAUCCUGUAGCACCAAAGGCUCAAAAGAAGGUUCCAGUACCAGAAGGCCUGGAUCUUGACAAGUGGAUCAAUGCUCCUCCAUCUGAUAGCUCUGAUGAAGAGGUUACCAUAGAUACCAUGUUUAUCCAUGAUGCUCACAGCAGGGUCAACCAUCAGAAGGUAGUUUAUGAGGAACUAGAUGAAGAGGAGCUUGAGAAGCGUAGAGAAGCUCGACGUGUUGAACAGGCUAGUAACCCACAUUACCUCAAGGACAAUCGCAGCUCAAAGAAGAAGAAGCUUAAAGACCUUGCUGCAGAGAAUGAUGGUGUAACCAAUAAUAUUCCUGUGGCACAGAUUGACCUUAGUGUGCCUCUACACGUCCCAGGCAUGAAAAAGGGCCGGCCUAAGCCCCCAGCAUACGACGAUAUUCCAGGGGUUAAUCUGACAGACCAGUACAUGCAGCAAUCCAAGCCCAGUAGGAAGAACAAACACAGGAAGCAUAAAAAGGGCAAGAGAGGGCGCCAUACAUCUGUAUCCAGUGAUGACAUUCCAGUCGCACACCAUGUGGACAUUGUUGGAGAAGAAAUGCCAGAGGGGGCUGUGCUAUCAGAUCAUGAAGAAGAUACAAGAGCUCUAGAUGAUCCUCAUAGAGCAUUGGACAUUGAUUUAGAGAGGCCACUGGAUGAGAGUGACCGUCUCCCAGUGAGGGUGCAUCGGAACGCACCUGAACUGACCACCACACAGGAGGAAGUAGAGGUCAGCAAACUCCAAGAUAAACCAAAAAAGAAGAGACCAAAAGAAAAGGAUAGAGAAAAAGAGAAAACUAAGAAAAUUUCCAAAGAGAAGAAAAAGAAGAAGACUAAGUCAAGUAAAACUGAAGAAGGAGCUCCAGCUGACCUGGAUCUCAUGGGAGAAGAUACAGAGGAGCCUACAGUCAAUGGUGCAAAGGAAGAAGCUCCUUCUCCCUCUAAGGAACCUAUCAAGACUCCUGCUGAACCAGCGGUGGAUGAUCUAAGCUUCUGGUUAUCCCAAGAUACACCCCAAGUCAAACCUGUUAUUCAAACCCCAACCCCCACCCCUAUCACCAAUGGACAGGGUUCCCUGCAAAGUUCUAUUGUAGACCAGAAGCCCUCCAAGAAACAUCGCAAGGACAAGAAGGGAAAGAAGGAUAAAAAGAAGAAGAAAUCAAGCAAGGAGAAUUAUGAAGCAGUAGGAGAGAUAAAAGACAUCUCAGUAGAACAAACACCAGAUCCAAUCAUUCCUGCCAUGUCAAGUUAUAGGCUUCUUGCUGAGAAUGAGUCUAUUAAGAUGACAUAUGAGACAAGGGUAGAUCCAAAGCAGAACUCUCAAGUGGUCAUCUCUGUUAUCUUUACCAAUCUUACUUCAUCACACCUCAAAGCUUUAGAAUUCAACGUUCUUGAUUCUCUCAACACCAAGCUUAUACGAGAGGCUGGAGCAUCACAGCAUGAUGGAGUAAAUGUUCCGUUCCAGCUUCCUCCAGAAGCAUCUAAUGAAGGACAGUUUGCAUUCACCAUCCAUGCUAUCACCAUGCCACAAAAACUCAAAGGAACACUCACUUAUAUGGUCAAGGAUGAUAAAGGUUCUACCAGUGAGAAGAUAGAUUUCAAAGUUAAUCUUCCAGUCUCUGCUUAUAUGCUAGCCACCCCAUGCAGCAGAGAGCAUUACUCUGAACUUCUUGGAAAGGGUGAGUUGUCAGCCAAGAACUCAUUCAGCACAGCCCCUUGUUCUGUAGACUUUGCUAUCGUCCUUGCUCGUGUCUGUUUCUUCUCUCACAUGGCGGUGGUAGAGAGGGUUGAACGUACUGCAUCCUUGUUUAGCUGCUCUAUGAAGGGACAUCAAGUCUGUGUGCUAGUCAAGACUAUGGAUGGUGGAGGUAUUUCAGUUGAUGGAAAGUCUAACGAUUCCAGCUUAUUGUCCAACUAUCUAGAUGAAAUUAAAGCAACCAUUGUUGAAUCAUAGGACAGAAGGUUUCACCAAAAGAUAUGUAAUAUUAUACUUUAACAAGUCUCUAAUCUUGUGAAGAUAUUAUCAGAACAUUUCCAGUACUGAACUAGGGGUCUGUUUCAUAAAAUGAUCAUAAAAUUAUGAUGGACUUGAUUGGUUGCUCAGCCUUGUUCACAUAUUAAUUACCAUAAUUACAAGGUUUCCAUUAUCGCUAGUCCAUUAUGAAACUGUCUAAGAAUAUCAGCAUUCAUUUUGAGCCUUGUUUUAUUGAAAGCUAAUAUGUAAAAAUUAAAAUAUAUGUAAACCCGCCCUAAAAAUGCUAAGAGCAGAUCUGCAUUUCAAUUGAGUUUGGUGAAUAAAGCAGCAUAUUAUAACUGUCAAUAUUUAAAAAAAAGACGAGAUACAAUAUGUUCAUGUACUUACUGUUAAAAUAUUGAUGUGUCUGUAUUGUAAUAUAUGGGUAUUGGGUUGAUAUGGGACUAAUGUUAUUACAGGUCACAUGUUCAGAAUGAAGUUUGGUCAAUGAUCCUUGUAAAUGUGUAUCAUGUCUAUGGCUUGGAUUUACCAUUAUUGAAGAAUUCUUAUGAUGGAUAAUGUAGGCUUCAUAUUGUUUCUUCUUUUUCUUAUUUCUUAUAAUCUUCCAAUUCAAUUCAGUGUAUGCAAAGUACAAACAAUAAACUCAUUACAUAUUUCAAACAAUGAAAAUAGUAACAUUUGCAUAAAUACUUAGAUAAGACAUAUUUAUGUAAAAGGCAAGACUAAAAAAAGGCAAUGGAAAUAAAUAUACAUGAGAUAAUGAGGAAGUGGUUAAAUAAAGAGGAACAAUUCUCAUAGAUGAAUAUUCUUGCAGAUUAUUUUAUGUACAUUCAUACUUUCCCAAUAUUCAAAUACCUUUUGUGAAGUUUGUAUUUCAUAAAUCAUCUUGUAUAUUACAUGUAUGGUAUCUCCUUGGUCCACAUAAAUGGAUUAUUUAUCAAUCUUUACCAGGUUACAAUGCCCAAAAGGAGAGAUGAUUAAAAAAAAUUCUUGGUUGUUAUUGGUAAAAUAAUAUAUCUUUUAUAAAGCCACUUUUACUCCUUCAAGGAUGUAACAUAGACCAUCACUGAUCACAGUCCGUGUGAUCCGGGUGCAAAACUGAUAUUUUUCGAUCAUUGCUGGAGUGAAUACAGAUUUAACUGGGUAUUUACAAGGGAAUGUACAGGAAAGUAGGGUUUCUUCAAGGAUAAACAAGGUAGCACUAGGGAUCUGCUUGAUACGCUACACGGAAUACACGGAUGUUACUAGGUCCUUAUACAGACCUUCAGGGAGGCUACGGUCUCUACUGGGAUAAAUCUAGAGCAUUGGCCAAGAUUAAAGUUUCUUUCUUUUUGCGAUGUCUGAAGCGAACACAUACAUGGCCAUGAACACGGACUAUUGUCCAUGUAUGCAAACAAUUGAAAAAUUAGAGCCGGAUAAAGCCAGUAUGAACAAGGACCUCCCAGUUCCUACAUGGAGCCUCCCGGAUGCAUUCGGUAGCAUGAAUGUUCACGGUGGCUACACAAACGGACACAGAUGACUAUCCAUCCGUGUACUCUGGGAUGAAAAAUUGAACAUGUUCAGUUUUUCUCCAUCAAGGAUGAUGGCGCUGGAUGGGUAGCCAGUGUUUACAUGGUAAUCCCGGACUGUACACGGAUGACCCUGGAUCGACAAUCCGGGAUGAUCCGUGUUGCUUCCAUGAAGGUGUAAAAGGGGCUUAUAAGAUUUUUGUUAUUGACAGACUGCUGAUUUAUUUGAAUUCAAUAUAAAAAGCAUACUGUGUACUUGUCUUUAUAGUAUGUUAAUGAGUGGUAUACCAUACAUGUCUUUGACAGGUUUGUCAAAGCAGCUCUUAUUAUAAAGGUGUCUUCUCUUUUAUUUCCUUUUAUGCAGUAUACAUGUGUAAGGUUCAUGUACUAUUGUAUCUCAAAGAUAAGGGAAUUAUAAAUGCAAGUAAGGUGACAAAUAUAUACUAAAAGUUGUAUGAUAAAAAAUUAGUAAUGAAGAUAUUGUGUAGAGCUUGUAUACUCUCAUUUGGUAAGGAUUCUCUAUUAUCUUCCAUUUGCUUCAGUACAACAUAUACAUGUAAUUGAAAGUGAGAACACUUUUUUCAAAUAGUGACUUUUGAAUGAAUAGACUCAAAAGCUGAUGAGACCAAAAAAAAAAACACCAUCUAAAAACAAACUGCUUGUAGCAUAACUACCAAAACACUGUACCCAAUAUGAUAGUUUCUCCUCUGACAGUGAGGAGACACUGGUGGCUUCAUUUUUGAGAAAGACAGAAGUGACCGGGUCAGGAAGUGACUGGGUCAGGCAGUCAAUUGAUAUAUCUACUCAUAUUAAAAAGAAAUUAUUCUAAACAUUCAGGAACAAUGUCUUUUAGUCUUGCUGACAAUAAAUCCAUUAGAUGUCUUCAGUUUAUCAUUUUUGCAGUGGUUCUUUUUUUCAGACAAAUUCUAAACUUGCACGACCCAAAAUGAAUUCUGUAAUGAAGCAUGCAUAAUUAAAACCAAAUGUUUUAUGUACAAAAUACUCCUAUGGAAGUCUAAACUGUGUAAAGAGAAAUUCAUCAUCCCAGUCAAUUUGACUUGAACUAUUCUCAUAUUCAGUUUAAUAGCUAACAUAUUAAUGAAUCCUGACAGUUUUCCUUAUUCAAAGAUGUAUUAUUAUUGUGAGAGAAACUUGCAAUUUGAACUAUCUUGCUACUGUUUUUAUGGCACAAAAAUCAGUCUAUUUAAUACAAAAACUAAUAAUUUCUUAACUGUAUGACCUUGCUGUUUUCUUUCUUUCAUCUUACAUGUACAUGUUGAUAGUAGAUUCAAUGAUCUCCUGUGACACAAAGCUUUGCAAUCAAUCAUAAAUUGGUAAUGGCCAAUCAAAAUCAUUGUUCCAUUUGCUCUUUCUUCAACAUAUUAAAUAUUAACUUUUUUUAAGUUGCAAUUGAUCACAAAUGGUUUGUAUUACAUGGGCCCUGUUGUAUACUGACAUGUUGAUAUAUUGUGCAUAGUUUUAUCAUGUUCGAAUAAUAAAAUUAUGAUAUUAUUUGGUUUGAUGUUAAACUACUAAAUCGUGCAAUAUAGGGCAUAUUUGUUGCACAUCUAGAAUUGAUUUAGAAUUUGACAUUUCUGCUAUGAUAAUGAUAAGAAUUACUUUGUGCAUGUCACAUUUAGGACUAUUUUAGAGUUUUGUACUGUACUUGUAUUUAAUGAAAAUAAAUGUAUUCCUUCAGUUUUGGACAUGCUUUACUAUUAUGAUAUUUAAAAAAAAUAUUGUUUUUUUUUAUUUACAGCUUUUAUCAUUUGCUGAUAAUAGGGAUGGCAGUGAUAAAACAUCUACAUCAUCAUUGCUGUUGAUAGCAAAGUAAAUUAAUUAUACAUCCAAUUCUUAAAGCAGGGCCAAUAAAGAUUAUUUAUGACAACGUUUGUAUUUUAUUCAAUAGCACAGAAGUGGUGGAUUUUAACCCUAAAAGGACAGGGAUAUUUGAGACGUAUUUAGGACGGGGGGGGGGGGGGGGUAAUGCCCCCUUCUGAUCUCAGCUGCUGUUCGAGCGAUCGUGCUCAACUUUGACAUGCUCAUUCUUUACCACAUUGAUUAUGAGCCAGUAUAAGGAAAUUUUUCCUUAAAUAAUUAUUUAUUAUGAAUAAAAUAUGCAAAUUUAUUCAUGAAAAACAUUAUUUGCAUAUUUAACACUCAAUUUCAAUUUAGAUUUUCAUUUUUUCCCUCCAGAUGUCAUCAUUGUACUUUUAUUUAGAGGUUUCCACAAAGAAAAAUUGAAGCCAAAUUUUUCCUUAUGUAUUUUAUUGUCUGGCCUGCAUAGCAGAAUGAGACUGAAGGCACCGCUUUUCCACCGGCGACGGUGACGUCAUCAACAUUGAAAUCUUAACCAAGGUUAAGUUUUUUUAAUGUCAUCCUAACUUAGAACGAAUGUGGACCUAUCUCAUGAAACUUGGACAUAAGGGUAAUCAAGUAUUACUGAACACAUGACCAAGGUCAAAGGUCAUUUAGGGUCAAUAAACUUAGACCAUGUUGAGGGAAUCAUCAAAAUCUCAUUCAAGGUUAAGAUUUUGAAAUGUUAUCAUAUCUAUAUGGACUUAGUGCAUAAAACUUAGACAUAAGGGUAAUGGUGGAUCCUGCCAGAGUUUGAGGUCACAUGACCAAGGUCAAAGGUUACUUAGAGUCAAUUAACUGGCUAUUUUGUGGGUAUUUGUGGAAUGUAAUCAUAACUUUGAAAUUUUAUGGAUCUAGUUCAUGAAACUUCAUGUCAAUGAACUUUGGCCAUUUUGGGGGUAUUUGUGGAAUAGUCAUUACUUUAAAAUUGUGUGGAUCUACAUGUAGUUCAUGAAAUUUGCAAGGCUAUCUUUAUGCAUUCCAUAAAUGUUGCGAAGUGUUGAGGAGGUAUAUAACCCCCAGUCCUUUUAGGGUUGAUCCAUCCAUAGAACAAGUCUUCCUUACCAUGGUCCAAUCAUUGUCAUAACGGAUUGUUUGAUUGUGGUACUCAAAAACCUAAUGUAGCAUACUGCUUCUAAUGAAACACGUCUAUCUAUCCAAGGGAGGUAAAGUUUAUCAUUGAGUCAUUCCUCAAAUCAUUCUGAUCCAUAUUUUUUUUUUUGUUCAAUGUACAAUCAAUAUUAAGCAAUUAUUAAAAAAAAUAGGCAUUUAAAUUUUUCAUUUGACCAUCUACACGUAUAUUCACUUGUUCAUCAACCUUCACAUAAUUGUGGAUUUAGUCUAUUGAUAGAAAUAAGGUCUGUCAUCUUUUAUAUGAAGAAAAAUUACAUCUUAUGAAAGACAAAGUUAUUUUUGUUUUUAAAAAAUUCAUCAUAAAUCAUCAAUCCAGAGUUUUAAAUCUGUUCCUUUUCCCGGAUACAUGGAUGAUAAGAUUCACCUUACCCCCUCACUCCACUUUAACCCAUUCAUUGCAUCCUUCAUCCAACCUUCCUACUCUCCUCAUCCAAUUGCAUCUUCUAUGUUCUCUCAUCAACUAACCAUCCACCUCAAAACUCAAAAGCCCUGCUUAAAGCAAGCUUGUCAUCCCUCAGCCCAUAUCAGCAUACCCCAUUCACCUUCGCCAACCAGUCCACUGCUUCUUCCAAACCCAACGUCUUACAUCAUGUCCUUAGUCUUCUUCCAAUCCAUCACACCAUACAUCACUCUCACCAUUGCUCUCUCUGUCCUACUCAAAAUUCCCUUAUUUUCACUCAGACACCAUAGUCUCACAACACUUAUACACCAUUCCUUUCAUCUUCAAAAGACUUAUAUUAUUGUUAUCCCGUACAUGUAAGUUUGUCAAAGCCUAAAAAUACUCAAGAAACUCUCUGUGUAACAGAGACCAGGGAAACUGCCUUGUUAUAGGAAUCUAGGAUUGGAGAUUCAAAAUAAGACUUCUUGGGACAAGAAAUAGCACUAAUACCACGAUAACAUUUUAUCUAUUAGAUAACUCUAUUAACUUUUAAUUGUAGAUUUGCAUUUAUUUAACUAUCAUAAAUUUAUCGUCUCAUAGAAGAAGAAAUUAUUUUGUGCACUUAGCUAUUUUUUUUUUUUUUUUGAUCCAUUACUCCUUUAGGUCCUUCCCCCAGUAAGAGUAGUUUACUGAAGAAAAGAAAAGCUAUGCAUAGUCUGUACAAACAUACAUUCCCUUGGAUGUGACCCAUUAGACCCUGCCUGUUUUAUGGACACCAAAAUAUAUUUGUUUUGUUGUAGACUGUGUAUUUGACAUUAGAGGAUGGUUGAUUUUUCUGUAGCAGGUUCAGAGGCGUGUUCAUGAUGUACAUGUAUUGUGUAUCUAAACUUUUUUGUAAUACAUGUAUGAGAUAUAAUCUUUCAAUAUCAUACUGAUCAUCCCCAGUGAAUAUUUAAGAUGGAGAGUCUAUUGAGACUUAUAUUUACAUAUGUUCUGUAAUGUUUGCUUAAAAGAAGAAAUAAAAAUAGAAUUUCCUUGUGAGGCUACUGCUACCACUAAUACAGUAUAUAAUGCAGUAAAAGUAUACAUAGAGUGAUUUUCUUGCACCCUUGUCCUGGACGUAUAUUUGUGAAUUGUGGGAUACUAUUGUUUUGACAUUGAGGGCUGCAGUUCACAAAAAAGCACACCUCACAUAAACAUAGAUGAUGUUAAUAGAAUAUGAUACUUUUGAUUAACAGGAGUUUAUUGUGUACUUUUGUAUUGAAAUUGAUCAAACAUUACAGUCAGAAUUGACCAAGGUGGUUUUUAAAACCAUCGGUUGAACCCAUGGUUUAUGCAGAUUUCCUGUAUAAAUUAUGCUUGUUUGCUGUGUACCGUAUGUUAAAAAAAUCCAAUGCUUAUGCACGCUUUUGUCAUAGUGCACCAAGUUGACGCCUGUUGCCGUGGUUGUCCACUCUAUUUUAUUAAUGAGUCCACUGUUUUGAAUUGAUGGUCUAUUCUUUAAACAGUGGACUCAUGAAUGAAAUAGCAUAUUUAAUCAUGGCAACAGCCGUCAGUUUGGCGCACUGACAAAAGCGUGCAUCAGCAUGGGACAUUCUUUAAUAUACGCGGUAUUAAUAAGCGUAAUUCAUACCAAGAAAAUCUGAAUAAAAUGAUGGGUUCAACCGAUGGUUUUAAAAACUGCCUUUGUGAAUUUGGGUCUGUGUGUUUGACGAAGAGGAUAACAAUAGAUUGUGGUUUUGAAUGAAACCCUUCCAACUAAAAAUAUGUUGAUUUUGUUUCAUCACAGUUUAAUAUUUUAGUUUGAUGUCACCAGUUUUUAUAUGACAAGCCUUUAAAAUCUUUUAUGGGCAACCGAUUGCAAAAUUGAAAUCCUUUUUUUCAGAUCAAAGUUAUAUUUUGUUGUUUACAUUGCAGCAUUUCUAGUGGUGUUUAUUUUCAGAGAUAAUGAUAAGAAUUUUAAAGGGAUUGCCUAUGGUUGCUCAGUUAAUAAAUGAUCAAUCAAUAAAAUAAUUUAAUUCUGUCCUAAAAGUGAUUUCAAAGUAACAGACAUUGCUACAUGUUAUAGUGUGUAAGUAAAGGUUGUGGACAUAAAUGCCCUUUUGGUAUUCAACUAAAUAAUAGUACUUGUGAUAUCAAAUGGUUAUAUUUGUAGGUAUGUAAGUAUAUGUCUAUCUGAAUCAUAAUAACAUUUCUACAUCUAAAUAUAGGAAUGUACAUGUAUUGUCUAAAAGAGAUUAAUUACUAUGAAACACUAUAUAUAUAUUGAUAUUUUCUGUUUAGGUCUAGCUCUAUGUAUUGAGCAAUGUGCUGUGAGUGAAAGUGAAUGAUUCAAUUUAGAUGGGCAGAUGAAUGAAAAAAAAUAUAAAUGUUGAAAAAUAAAAUAUCAGAC